AUAAUAUAGAAAAAUAAAUGUAGACAGAAAUAUAUAGAAAAAAUACAGCAUUUCUAUCAUUUUGAUAUUGUAAAUAGGCAUAUUUAAAAACUACAUUUUAAAAACUAAUGCCCACAAAAAAUAGAUAAAUAAUAAUUAAAUAAAAAAAAAUAAUAAUAAAAAGAAUAGUUUUUCUAAACGGUAGAGUUGGAUUUCCCGGCUAUUUUUGGCCUGCAGUAUUCCGUUUCGCCGCUAGGAGGCAGUGCUGGACUGUGAUUGAACAGACCAUCGGCUUUUUCCCCACAAUAAAAAGUUUUUCCAGGUGCUCAACUUUUUAUAUCUUCGUGUUUGAAACUCGGCAGUGUCCAAAUCUCCAUUUAUUUCAGUUUCGCGAUUUUUUCCCAUGAAACAUGCCGAUCCGGUGACUUUUUUCUUGGAGGUUGGCGCUCUCCCCUCCGCGGUGGAACCUGCUGUUCAAACAAGCCCUCCUGAGGGGUAUUUAACCGACUCCAGGCUGUGGGUUCUCUCACACCUUCCUUUCACACCUCACGUGAAGUUGGUCCACUCCUCCAAACACGUUCGUCUCCACCCGAGCUGACGCCUGCAGAGACGGACAGGUGUGUCGGAUGAAAGCACAGGAGCUGCUGGAGCUCAGAGAGGAGGCUGGGAAUGGAGUGGAGGGAGCAGUCCACCGUCAGCUCCGAGGAAGCCUUCCAGGAGGCGCAGAGAUGGAUUGAGGCAGUAACCAAGAAAAACUUUGGGAGCAGCGACUUCCGAUCAGCGCUGGAGAGUGGCGUUCUGCUGUGUGAUCUGAUCAACAAGAUCAAGCCCGGUCUCAUCAAAAGGGUCAACAGACUCCCGACUCCCAUCGCUGGACUGGACAACCUCAACGUCUUCCUCAAGGCCUGCGGCAAACUUGGACUAAAGGAGGCGCAGCUCUUUCACCCCGGAGAUCUUCAGGACUUGUCCACCAGAGCCACAGUCAAGCAUCAAGAGACAGACAGGAGGCUGAAAAAUGUUUUGAUCACCAUAUACUGGCUUGGUAGAAGAGCUCAGAGUGACCGUCUCUAUGAUGGACCUUACCUGAACUUCAAAGCAUUCGAAGGAUUACUGGGCACAGCGCUAUACAAGGCUCUGCAGGACUCAUCCAGUCAAAAACGCAGCAGCGUCAGGGACAGCGGUUUUGGAGAAAACUGGUACUCGGAAAGAGAGGAGCUCCACCGUCUGAGAGGAAGAGGAGGAGGUGAAGGAGGAGGAGGAGGCAGACGCAGGAGAGACGACUCCCUGGACAGCUUAGACUCUGUGGGCUCCCGACCUCACAGCAUCUCGUCUGACACCACUCUGAAAGGCAGCAGCGAGGGUUGUAGCAGCGACGCAGAAACCGACAGCAUCGUCAGGAUGGCCGAGAACAAGGACACCGUGGGCUACCGCAGAUCUGCAAGCAUCACACCUAAAGUUACGGCCCAGUACAACCAGUUCCUGCCCACCAAAGACAAGCAGUCCGGCUACGUGCCCGCCCCUCUGAGGAAGAAACGCACCGACCGCAAUGAAGACAACCGGCGCAGCUUGGUGAACUACUCCAGUGGGGAGGAUGAAAGCCGACUCACCAGUCAAAGUCAGGUUCCUUCUGAACGCUACGACAUCACCAAAGUAUCCCAGAGUGCCUUGCCAGCAGAUCACCUACAGUGGGCCAUCGAUUACGACAGCGGCAGUGACUCGGACGCUGAACGACCGGACCCCGAUCUUGUUCUGGAUGAUCUCGCGAGCAGACGCUUCCACAGCCCCUCCCCGGCUCCUCCCACCAACUUUGCAGUGCCGAUCGGUCCCCUUGCAGGGCAGAGGGUGUCUAGAAGUAAAGAGGGCCUCCAGCCUAAGGUCACUGUAACUCCUGAAGUUGCACCUCAACACAGUGUGACCUGCCACAGCAAGAGUGGGAGAGGUCCGCCCCCCAAGCGCGGCUUCGUGAAGGUGGACCACGGCAGAGCUGUCUGCACGGAAAGCCUGUUCAGGGAUAUAUACGAGGACUCUGAGGAUGAGGAUGAUGAGGUGGGUCACGCUGACCCCGUCCAAGAUGAUCUCUAUACCCGUAAGAUGGGCAUCAAACCCCAGCCUGCAGGUAGCGUGGCCUUCGACAAGUUCUUACCCAAAUUCUGGACGCCUGAGGAGGACGUGCACGUGCAGAAGAUCAAACUGGGCUCUCAGAGGAGACCCUGGUACAAGAAGAUGCAAGGCUUCAGUAGCGGUCAGAAGUCGGGCUCUUCGUCAGACGACUCAGAGUGCGACAUGAGUCCUUGGCUCUCCUCUGCCCCCUCUCCUUCCAGCCCCUCUCAGGCCUCGGCUCAAACCACCCGAGUUGUUGGGAAAAGUCCUCAUGCCCAACCACACACUCUCCCACAGCUCCCCAAGAAACCCACCUCCCUGUUAGAGACUCCACCAUUGACCUUUGCCCCCGUGGACCCCACCUCAGGUCCCAGGCUGGUCAAAGGGGAGCGGUGGCCGCUGCUGGGGCGGCAGGAGCCCCCAGAUCCCUUUGAUUAUGACAGUAUUAAUCCCGACUUGGAGAACGACGACAUGUUUGCCAGGCGAACCCUGACGUUUCAGUCCAAUACCGAUUUGGCGUUGAAGAAGUCUCAGCUGACCGUCAAGCGUCGACUCUGUACGUCAUCGCCGCAGCUCAACAUUGUUACCCAGCAGCAUCGCCCCGGCGACGCGGACGAGAGCGAAUUCCCUGACAUAGAGCAGGACGACGUUGUUUAUCGUAAAGAGAAAACUCUGCAGACUCAGCAACAACGGCCCCUCUCCGGAGCUCCCGACAACUACUCCCCCAUGCCCAUCCCGGAGCCGUGGGCCCUCCCCCCUGAGCUCAAAGCCAGACUCCUCUGCCCCCCAUGUCCCCUGACUCAUGACGCAAAAGCAGAUACUCCGAAAGAGCCUGAAAAAACGAUGAAUGCUACGACGGACGACAUGCUAAUCAGGAAGCUCAGGGGUUAUUUGGAUCAAAGCCAGCCGUCGCUGAGAGGCCCUUCAGCUCGCCGCCGCAGUCCCUCUGUGCCGGCCUCCUGCAGUCAGAAAGACCUGCAGAAGUGGCAGGCAAUCAGAGAGGCCAGCCAAUUAAGACACAGGAAAAAGCUUUUGGUUGAGAGGCUAGCAGCUCUGAAGCUACAGCUACCCCCGCAAGAGAGUGUUCAGGGGAGUAAAUCCACCAGUGACAUUGACGCGGAUGCCAUGGCCCUCCGGCAGCUUAGGUAUGAAGAGCUGCAGAAGUUCCGCGAACAGAUCAAGGAGAGUGAUGAUAAAUGGCAGGAUGACCUGACCAAAUGGAAAAACCGGCGGCGAAGUGUGAACUCGGACAUAGUGAAGAAGAAAGAGGAAAGAGAGAAGACUGAGCAAAUUACCUACGGCGAGGGCAGAAGGUCAAAGACCUUCAAGGAGAUGCAGGAGGAGAGAGAAAGUAAAACAAAGAACCGCAUCAGCAGUCGCCUUGCUUCCCUCUCCUUUCUGCAUGACAGUGACGAUGCCUUUGAGGCUCCUGUCAUCGCGCCUUCCCGCACGCAUCUGCCCAGAAGCUACACUAUCGACGCUCCAUAUUCCUCGUACCAGCCCCCCGAGAGCCCCAAGAAGCUAGAAGAUUCCCCGGCUUCCUCCCCACCUCCUUUUCGGGCAGCCUCGCCUCCCACUCGGCAGAAAGCUUCGGGCAGCAGCAACUCCAGCGACGCUUCGUCUCCCACCGCCGCCCCCAGCUCCGACGCUCCUAAAGCUCCCCGUCUGCAAAGGAGUCGAGCUCUGGAGGACGCCGACACGACCAGCACGAACUCGGCCUCCUUUCAGAAGGCGCCCGAGCCAAAGCAUCCAUUGUUUGGCGCACAGGCCGAAGUGGAGGCCCCCCCACUCCCUCUGCACAAAGAGGAGCCGAAGCCGAACUCAAUGGAACCCAAGCCUCCUGAGCUUUCUCGGGUUUCCUCCUCCCUCCCCAAAAGCUACCAGAGAUCGGAUAGCUCCCGCCUAACCUCAGUUGUCACACCGAGGCCCUUUGGGACCCAGUCGUCCCGCAUCAGCUCUCUUCCCAGAGUCCAAACAAUGGAUAACUCCCACCAGCGUGUCAACGGCAACGCCAGCAUUCCUCAGAAGACCUCGGUGCCAAGCCGGUAUCAGCCCUUCGUGACGUCAGAGGAUGAGGCUCAGUCCAGCUCAGCACAGAGCAGCGAGGAAGAGGAGAAAGAUGAGGUGAAGAAAGAGGAUGUGAGGCCCACAGAAAGCAGCAUCAGCACCGUUUCACCUGCCAGUCCUGGGAUGAAGAGCCAAACCAAGCAGGAGGACUUCUGCGAGAUGCGCGUCAACCUGAACCAGAAACCCAACAGCAGCAGAGACUUUGGUUUCCAAGCGAACUGGGACUCCACAGGAGCUCGCGUCUCAUCCAUCCAGCCAGGAAGCUCAGCUGAAAUGUGCCAGCUCCAGGUCGGAGACGAGGUGCUGUCGGUCAACGGCCAUAAGGUGGCAGACAUGAGCUACACGGAGUGGAAGUCCUGCAUGGAUCAGGCGCUGCAAGACGGCAGCCUGGUCAUGGACGUCCGCCGUCACGGCCAGAACAACUGGGUCAGAGACGAACCUUCCCUGCUAUAUAAAAGCCAUAGAACCAUCAAUCUGACCAGUACGGAUCAUCCGACAAUUCUAGGUUCCCCCGACACAAAAACUGUCAGUUCCAGCCUGGAUCUCACCUCCCACAUUUCCCCGGAGCCCGUGCCAAGCAAAGAGGCCCCCGGUCAGACCGCCGCCGGGGUGGCGUCAAACGGAGUGAACGGGGGUCUCCAUGAAGAACCGGUGACCAUGAGGAACAAAGAGUCAGAACCCAUAUCUUUGAAAAACUUAAAACGGAGGUCAGAGUUUUUUGAACAAGGUGGCUCAGAGUCCAGCGUCAGUGCGCUGACCUACCUCUGUGGAGGAUCGAACGCCUCAAUGCCCGAUAUACCCGUUCCUGCCAUCACUCCCCCAUCCAACCGCUGGACGUGGGACCCAGAAGAAGAGCGCAGAAGACAGGAGAAAUGGCAGAUGGAACAAGAGCGCCUUCUACAGGAGAAAUACAUGCGCGAUCAGCAGAAGCUGCAGGAAGAGUGGCACAAGGCUCAGCAGGAGAUUUCUACAAGCGUGGGCCAACAAGAGCAUCUGGAGGUGAACAGCCACCACGCCGGCGCUCACUCCCCUCUGUCCUCCUCCGUCCACCAGACCGCACCUCCGGCGUGGGCCGAGGAAGAGAGGAAGAGGAGGGAGGAACAAGAGCGCCAAAGGCAGGAGGAGGAGAGGAGGAAGAGGGAGGAGGAGGAGCGGGAGCUGCGGCACCUCCAGGAAGAGAGGAAGAGGAGGGAGGAACAAGAGCGCCAAAGGCAGGAGGAGGAGAGGAGGAAGAGGGAGGAGGAGGAGCGGAGGAAGAGGGAGGAGGAGGAGCGGGAGCUGCGGCGCCUCCAGGAAGAGAGGAAGAGGAGGGAGGAGCAGGAGGUGCACAGGAGGCGCCGGGAAGCUGAAGAGCAGGAGCUCAGGGAGAGGGAAAGAGCUCUGGAGCAGCAGCGGCAGCAGCAGUGGGCUGGACACUCGCAUGGCUUUGCCAGUGUCCAGCAACCACUGUCCUUUACAGACAGGGCAAAGUCCAAGUCAUCUCCUCAGCUUGAUGAAGACGAGGACGGUCAGAGAGGGUCGAGUGCAGGCAGGAAGGGUCAGCAGCCGCAGUCGCAGUCGCAGGCCGAGCUGGAGCGCCAGCAGAUCCUCAACAAGAUGAAGAAGAAGGCCUCUCUGCAGAGGGACGGCAGCUGGAUCCGUCAGAGCUCCACCACCACUCCCACCAACAAGGGGGAGAGCGACCCCCCGUUCAUGCGCAGGGGUGAAUCUCUGGACAACUUAGACCACGACUCCCACCGCUCCUCCUGGUCCCCCAGAAGCAACUCCUUUGUCCAGAACUACUCCCAGCCCCCGCACGGCCUCUAUGGCAGCUCCUCGGGUUAUGGUGGUGGGUUCCGGGCCCAGCGGCCCGUCUCCGUCACUCUGCCCUACUCUCAGUCUAUGGGCUCCCUCAGAGGUGGGGCAGGAACCCACUCCUUCCCCUGGUCUCGACAAUCCUCCUCCACUUCUACUUUAUCUCCCACGACUCCUGAUCCCUUACCUGAAGGAGAUGGGCGCCAGCAGCGGAGCAGGUCAGUGAGUGGAAAGAAAAUGUGUUCGUUCUGUGACACGCCUCUUGGAAGAGGAGCGGCCAUGAUCAUCGAGUCCCUGGGGCUCUGUUAUCAUUUGGAUUGUUUUAAGUGCGCCGGCUGCAUGUCGAGCCUCGGCGGAUCAGAAGCCGGGGCCGAAGUCAGAAUACGAAACCAACAGCUCUACUGCAACUCCUGCUACCUACAAGCCAAAACCGGGCAGCCAACAUCCAUGUGAGGUGAAAGCGCUCAAGCAGAUCGACGAGGAAUCGACUUGUGACAACAACCCCUGAACCUGUAAACGUGAAUGUCGGGAAAAAGACUGGAAGACCCCAAUGAAGAGAAAAUCCUACUUCUUCUUAAAGUGAUUGCUGGGUUUAAAAUUCGUAAGGCGUUAUUUACUCUUGUGUUUAUGCAUCUAAUUCAAUACUACCGCUGUAAAGAAAAUAAAAAUAAGUGUGUGAGGGUUGGGCUUGCUUCAGUUCUCCAGUGUGUUAGCCGUAAAAAGUGAUGGGAUUGCCAUUCUAGUAGAGGAAACUCAUCUCAGCACUUUGGUCAGAUGAGAUGAUUUUAUUAUGUCAUUGUGCCUUUGCUGUUAAAAUUACUAGAAAGAGGAAAAAAAAGCACUUUUUUUUGUUAAGUCGUCAUCCUGAAUGGAAAUUAAUAAUAAGACUGUAAAUAAACUGCUAAAGCUUUA